CAGAGAGGGCAGGAGACGACGUCGGGGAGGGCAAGGAGCGGAGGAAAUCCAGUGCUACACAUUACCUUUCGUAAAAGUUUCCCCGAGGAAUCCAACUUCGGUAUAUAUCGCUAAUAUCAACGAGACAACGAAAUAUGUAAAAGAAAAAUCGAACAAAAUCGAAGAAUUACUCUGGGACAAUUGAUCAUGAUGGAUGGAUAGUUUUCCAACGCGGAAUUUCCCGUGGUGCGACUUUCCUAUGGCUAUUUCUCAUUAGGGGGGACCACUGAAUGAAGAAAUAAUGCUUCCUGUUGUCUCUUAUGUGGAUAGUUGUUGUGUUUAACAACGCUAUUUUUGGAAGCGUUGAAGCGUUUAUCGAAUAUGAGCCUAUUUAUAGGGGACUGGAAUACGUUUGUCAGGUAGUAGCUGUUGCAACCGGGUAGGAAUCUCUCUUCUCCCCGAAGAGUGGAUGUAUGUGAGAUGAUAAUUCCACAUUAGGACUAAAGUUGCCAAAAAGCAGAGACAUUUAGACACACCGCACUACGGGAUGUAUCUGUGAGUUGACCCGAUAUAUAACGGCAACUGUUUCGGCCGUACUCGUACAGAGGGGGGUCGUUAAUGGAGCUUCAUAGUGGGACCCGCUAGGAUGGACGUGGUUGAUGAAACCGAAGCGUUACAGAGAUUUUUUGAAGGUCAUGAUAUUACCAGCUCCUUGGAGCCAGCGAACAUUGACACCAGUAUUCUGGAGGACUACAUCAGUAAGGAGGACGACAGCACUGACAUCUGUUUUUCUGAGGUCCAUAGCGGUGCCCCAGGGCCUAACUCUUACUCAUCACCCCAAGCCGGCGUUUCCUCUUCUGGGGGUGGUUUGCAGUGUGGCGUGAACCCCCUAUCCCCCUCCGUCAGGGAAACCCCACUCCCACCCCCAGCCCUGCCAAACCCCCUACCCCCCACCCCUGAGCCUGCUGAGACACAACAACUACCCCUGCCUGGGGCAACACAACCACCAGCAGAACCACCAGCAGCAGCAGGACCACAUCAAGCCUGA